AUGUCCUACAAGACGGGUUUAGGAUUAACAGAUGAUGAAAAAAUCAGAUAUGAAAAUGAUUUAAAAUAUAGAACUAACCAAAAAGAUUGUGAUAAAUGUUAUGAAUACCGUGAUUGGGCUUUGAAAUAUUCACCCACUGUGAUAUUCAUGCUUCAGCAGAUUAAGAAAGCUGGUGGGCAUGUUAGUGAUGAUAAAAUUGUUUGUGACAUUUGUGAUGAAUGGAAAGGUGGUGGGUUCCAUCCUGAAUUAGGUGUGUUGUUGUGUCAAAAUAGAAUUAUUGAUAAGUGGCACCUAGAGGAUACAUUGUCUCAUGAGUUGGUACAUUAUUAUGAUAAUUCCAAGUUUAAAGUUGAUUGGGUAAAUCUAAAACAUCAUGCUUGUUCCGAAAUUAGAGCUAGUUCAUUAAGUGGUGAAUGUAGAUUAAUGAAUCAAAUACAUAGAGCUGGAUUAACAAAAUUUGGAAGAGGUCAUCAAGAAUGUGUCAAGAGAAGAGCUACAUUAUCCGUGGCUUCUAAUCCAUUUUGUAAAGAUAAAGAAGAGGCCAAAAAAGUUGUUGAAGAAGUUUGGGAUUCAUGUUUCAAUGAUACAAGACCUUUUGAAGAAAUAUAUCGUUAG